AAAAUCUGAGCCACAAAUCACCUUCCCGUCCAUGACAGCAAAUCAGCAAUGCCAUUUAUACGUCAGUUUCAUGAAAUUAUCGCUAAACCAAACUAGCCUUAACAUUACGCACAGACCCUGCUUUGUUCAUGACAGCCAGACAUGGCUCUUACACCUCCAUCUUCUCCUCACCUACUCCACAUUCCCUUCCACUCUCCCUCUCUGAGCUCUCACCAUUUUCUCUUCUUCCACUCACCAUGGCAUUCUCCUCCUUCUCCCGCUGUUUCUCUUCAAAAGUGCGCGAUUCCGCUGCUCCCGAUCGCCGUGAAAUUCUCUAAAUGCUUUGCCAAGUCCACAGCCGAGGAUCAUUUGAGCGAGCCUGAGACGAUCACAAACUAUGAAGAUGGAGACAGAGAGGACAGGAAAGUACAGAACAAACAGAGCUCGGAGAGGAUCGACGCCGACGCGAUGGGGUAUAGCGAGUCCCCGACGCUGGGUAUUCGCGAGCCGGUUUAUGAGGUGGUAGAAGUGAAGCCCAACGGGAUGGUAUCGACUAGGAAAAUCAACAGACGUCAGUUGUUGAAGUCAAGUGGUCUUCGGCCACGAGACAUCCGAAGUGUUGAUCCAUCACUGUUUUUGACAAACUCUGUGCCUUCUUUGCUGGUUCGUGAGCAUGCUAUUUUGCUAAACCUGGGAUCAUUGCGAGCAAUAGCGAUGCAAGAGCAUGUCCUUAUAUUUGACUAUAACUGCAAAGGAGGUAAAGCUUUUAUGGACACAUUAUUGCCUCGAUUAAACCCUAAGAACAUAAAUGGUGCACCAUGCAUGCCCUUUGAGCUUGAGGUUGUUGAAGCAGCCUUGUUGUCUCGAGUACAGCGGUUGGAGCAGAGAUUAAUGGAUUUAGAACCUCGUGUCCAACGUUUACUUGAGGUUUUACCCAAUCGGUUAACUGCUGACAUAUUGGAGCAACUUCGUAUUAGUAAGCAACACUUGGUUGAAUUGGGUUCAAGGGCAGGGGCUUUGAGACAAAUGCUUCUUGAUCUUUUGGAAGACCCACAUGAAAUACGUCGUAUAUGCAUUAUGGGAAGAAACUGCACUCUCAAAAAAGGAAAUGAUGACCUGGAAUGUUCUGUUCCCCUAGAAAAGCAGAUUGCAGAGGAAGAGGAGGAGGAAAUUGAGAUGCUUCUGGAGAAUUAUCUUCAAAGAUGUGAAUCUUGUCAUGGUCAGGCAGAAAGGCUUCUUGAUUCGGCAAAGGAAAUGGAAGAUUCUAUUGCUGUCAAUUUAAGUUCUCGAAGGCUUGAGGUAAGCAGAGUGGAAUUGCUUCUCCAGGUUGGAACAUUUUGUGUGGCAAUUGGUGCUCUAGUUGCAGGUAUAUUUGGCAUGAACUUGCGGUCCUAUCUUGAGGAACAUGCGUUUGCAUUUUGGCUAACAACAGUGGGGAUAAUUGUUGGCGCCAUUGUGGCAUUUUUUUUCAUGUAUUCAUAUCUCAGGACUCGGAAAAUACUAUAACCUAAAAUGAUGCUAAUUCAGGUGAUAAAAUUGAGAGCAUCAUUGACUCUAAUGAGCCACCCCCGUAAAUGGUGUUUUCGAGAGUACAGUUAUCUAGCAUGAUUAUUGUUUCGUUUACGAUGAAUGUAUUCUAAUGGCAGUUCUCUGAUUUUUCCUUCACGAUCCUACAGACCAAGUCAAGACCAAUUAGCAUAUUUUAUCAUCCGCUCCUCUUACCCUUCUUUAUGGUGUGCAAUUAGGCAUUGUGUCGUGACCCCAUGAAUUUCAUCUUUUAGCUGUUUGAUGAAUGUAGAAGUGAGAAAGAUUACACUUGCUA